AUGGCGACAAAGCAACCUGCCCUGGACUUCUUGUCCUUUGUUAACGCUGCUCCCACCCCCUUCCAUGCCGUCCACGAAGCCAAAGAGCUCCUGACCAAGGCUGGGUUCGAAGAAAUCAGGGAGAGAGACUCUUGGGCGUCGACCUGCCAACCGGGAGGCAAGUACUAUCUGACUCGCAACACUACCACCCUCGUGGCUUUUGCAAUCGGCAAGCAAUGGCAGCCGGGCAAUUCCAUCUCUAUGAUCGGUGCCCACACCGAUUCUCCGGUGUUGCGGGUCAAGCCCGUGAGCAAGAAAAGCGGGGAAGGUUUCGUGCAAGUCGGUGUUGAGACCUAUGGUGGAGGCAUCUGGCACACUUGGUUCGAUCGCGAUCUAGGUGUCGCCGGCCGAGUGAUGACUCGUGCCAGCGAUGGGUCUAUCGUUCAAAAGCUGGUCAAGAUUGAUCGUCCCAUCCUCCGUAUCCCAACCCUGGCCAUUCAUUUGGAUCGCCAGGAGAACUUCACAUUCAACAAGGAAACCCAGAUGACCCCUAUUGCUGGUCUCAUUGCUGCAGAGCUCAACCGCACUGGCGAGACUAAUACCGUUGAAAGUGAUAAGGAUGCUGAUUUCUCGCCAUUGAAGUCUGUGACGGAGCGUCACCACUCUUACUUUGUCGAGCUUAUUGCUGCCGAGGCUGACGUUAAGCCUACCGACAUUCUGGACUUUGAAAUGAUCUUGUUCGACACCCACAAGGCCUGCCUUGGUGGUCUACUGGAAGAGUUCAUCUUUUCUCCUCGGCUCGACAACUUGAACAGCACUUUCUGUGCCACUGUUAGUCUAAUUGAUUCCGUCGCCGACAAGACAGCUCUCGAUAACGAAGACUCAAUUCGCCUGAUUGCCUUGUUCGACCACGAGGAAAUUGGCAGCCGCACAGCCCAGGGUGCGGACUCGAACAUUCUUCCAUCAAUCAUUCGCCGUCUUUCCGUCCUCCCAUCCUCCUCUGACAAGAAUGCCGACGUGUCAACUGCCUAUGAGCAGACCCUGUCCACCUCAUUCCUUGUCUCUGCCGACAUGGCUCACUCAGUGAACCCCAACUAUGCUGGGAAGUACGAGUCGGACCACAAGCCGGAGAUGAACAAAGGUCCGGUAAUCAAAAUCAACGCCAACGCCCGCUAUGCUACAAAUUCCCCCGGUAUCGUUCUCCUACAGGAGAUUGCCCUGAAGACCUCUAAGGAGACUGGAGUGCACGUUCCUCUACAGCUCUUCGUGGUUCGUAAUGACUCCAGCUGUGGCAGCACUAUUGGUCCUAUGCUGUCUGCGGCGCUGGGUGCACGAACACUUGAUUUGGGCAACCCUCAGCUCAGCAUGCACAGUAUUCGUGAAACAGGUGGCACUCAUGACGUUGCCCAUGCUAUUCGUCUUUUCACUGGCUUCUUCCAGCACUACUCAGAGCUGUCGAAGACCAUUCUUGUGGAUUAA